GUAACUCUGUCCGCUGUGGAGCUCGGCCCUUCCCCUGGGGCUCAGCGGCGGUGAUGGGUUCCCGGGCGUCCACGCUGCUGCGAGACGAGGAGAUCGAGGAGAUCAAGAAGGAGACGGGCUUCUCCCACAGUCAAAUCACGCGUUUGUACAGUCGCUUCACCAGCCUUGACAAAGGAGAAAAUGGCACUCUUAGCCGGGAAGACUUCCAGCGGAUUCCAGAGCUAGCCAUCAAUCCACUGGGAGACAGAAUUAUCAAUGCCUUCUUUCCAGAAGGAGAGGACCAGGUGAAUUUCCGUGGAUUCAUGAGGACACUAGCUCACUUUCGACCCAUAGAAGAUAAUGAAAAGAGCAAAGACCAGAAUGGACCAGAACCACUGAACAGCCGAAGUAACAAGCUCCACUUUGCUUUUCGGUUAUAUGAUCUAGAUAAAGAUGACAAGAUUUCCAGGGAUGAGCUUCUUCAGGUAUUACGGAUGAUGGUUGGUGUAAAUAUUUCAGAUGAGCAGCUGGGCAGCAUUGCUGACAGGACAAUCCAGGAAGCUGAUCAAGAUGGAGAUAGUGCCAUCUCCUUUGCAGAGUUUGUAAAGGUUUUGGAGAAAGUGGAUGUAGAGCAGAAAAUGAGCAUUCGAUUUCUUCACUGAUGGAUGGAGAGCCUUGUUUCUUUCUACCCCUACUAUAUAAUAAGUAGAACUUCAUUUUCUCCUUAGCACCUUCACUCAGAGCGUUGCUACUGGUGCAUAUACACUACAUCUCCAACCCCUCCCUGAUUUGUUCUACCAAUGUGAACAUUCCCUGUGCAUCAGGAACAAAGGGAAAUGGCUGCCAUGCAACUUGGAAAUGAGCAUUUUUUUAAAUAUUUUCCUUAAUUUUUUUUUUUUAAUGCUUUCUCCCUUGUCUACUCCUGCACUCCUGUUUCAGCAAAAAUGCCUCUCCUUGUGUACUGCUGUUUAGUCUACAAACUGAUUCUUCUGAGCUUUGAAUCAGAAUGGAAAAUGGGAGCAUGCCACAGAAAUGCCCUCUGAAACAUUUUGGAGACAAGCAUCUACUCCGAUCCUAGGUGCAGUGAUAACAAUUCACUUUUUGCUUCCAGUAGCAAUACCACAUUACAACUGCCUUCCUCCCCCCUUUCCCAUUUGGCUCUUUACAUGCAGAUUUGUUUCUUCCAAGUCUGCCUUUUACUUGAGGACUUCUCAAUUUCUACUGCUUCAUUGUACAACUAGCACUGAAUGCAUGAUGAUAGCCUAGAGUACUUUAAAGUGCUGUGAAUAGAUUUUAUUCUUUGUAGGAUGAAUUCACAGGGACAAUAGGAGAACCUGUGGCAGAGACAGGCUGUGAUGUCCUCAUAAAGAAUAGGAAUUCUGCACUAAGUUGCUUAAAUUGUUCCAGUAGCACAUGCAGAAACUUGGUUUUGUCCUUGACAGCCACUGGACCCUAAGUACCCUCUCCAGGUUACUUUGCUUUAGGAUCCCUCCUCUCAAAAGGGUUUUUUGCCUCUGGAAGUGUAAACUUGUUUACCAGUGUACAUAAUGCAAGAAAACUAGUCAUGCCAAAAUCUGGAUUUGCAGUUCUGUCACUGCCCCUGGAAAUGGUGUGAACUGGGUUGUUUUUUUGUUUGAUUUUUGUUUUUUUUUUUCUUUUUUAAUCAUAGUGGCCUAUAAAUAAUUAUUUACAUUUUCCAGUAUGGAAGUCCUGGUGUGUUAGAUUUGUGUUGAGGGUAGAGGCUGUAUUUAUGAAAGCUCUGGCUUUCAUUAAUACAUAAUAUGUUCUUUCCCAAAUUACAUGUUCUUUCCCAAAUUAUAUUCUUAUCCCAAAUAUUUUAGGAUAUAUUUCUACACAAAUCUCUUAGCAAGUGUAAGAUGAUUUCAUACUGAUAAUGUAGUGCUAAAAGUUCAAGUGGUAAAGAUCAUUGAAGAUUCAAUAGUAUCAUAAUUUUCUGUGGCUGAUCAUCUCAUCCAGUUCAGCUGAAGCAUCCUACAGUCUUGGGAGAUCCUUCCAAUAAAACCAAAAAAUCCAGGAGCUUCUUUGUUGAAGAAUUGGUGUUAUAACUGCUACUCUAUGUCAUGUGUUAACAUUUCUAUAAAUACUUACCAGUCUCCAACUACUCUCAAAUGUGCAUUUCCUUUUUUCCCAGUUCUUUUAAUCAUCACUUGUGUUAAAGAAUAACAUGCAAGUGUCUGGAGGGUUUUUGAUUUAAGGGAUGGAAAAGUGAAAUGUUGCCCUUCGUUGUUUUGCAGAGUGCAGCACAAUUCCAGGAAAAAAAUGUAAAUUAAAAACUUCUACUCUGUAUGAGAGAGGAGCAUUAUAGUUUUAUAACAGUGUAAUGUAAAAUAGGAAUUAACAAUGUGAAAAGACUGAAAGUUAAACGUGUUUUUAGGCUUUGUGAUCUGCUUAACAAUAGGUGUUGCGCUCUUCUGGCUAUAUAGUUGUAACCUACAGUUGUGCCUUAUUGUCCCAGUGAGACUGGAAACUGUAUUUAUCAAUCCAUAAAUAAACCUUCCACUGUAUAAACACUA